ACUCUAUAAAUCAUAUCUGUCUCUCUCUCCUCAGCGCCUCUGUUGGCCGUUACUCUCCGAAACUGGCUUUCUUCUCUUCAGGUCAGUUCUUCUUUCCCCCCACCCCCCCUUCACCCCCCCACCCCCAUCUUGAUUCAAACAUUAUAGUAUUUGCACAUUAUUCCAUGAUGUAAUAAGACUGGGUCUUUUUCCUCAGUGUUUCAAUGAUUGUGUUUGUGUGUGUUUCGGCACAUUCGAAUAUUCUAAAAGCGAAUAUGCUUUUCAAACCCAACUAAUGAUUCUUCCAUAUCCCACACUCAAUUUCAUGUGGGUCGCUCCUAAAUCAUGCUUUUUAACCUCUUAUAUCUUCUGGGUGAGGAAAUUUGAUCGAUUUGCUCGUGGAUUCCUGUGUCUGGUCUUGAUUUAUCUCCGUAUUCAUUCCCUCUUUCUCAUCCCCGUGUAAUUGUCGUCAUAUUGUGGAGGGUAAUCGAUUAGGGUUCUUGAAUUGUGAUCUUUUCUUGAUUUUUUGUGAUUAUUUUGGAAUACGAAUUUGGUCUAAUUUGGGUAAUGGGUUUUGGUUUUCGCUUGAUGAUUGGAAAAAAGAUGUUACUUUGAGAUUUUGGGUUCUGGGUGGUUGGAGAAUUUUGAUUUCUUUGAGGAUGUACACGGUUGGGAGGCUGGGGAGCUAUAUCUCGAAGGGGGUUUACACCGUCUCCGGCCCCUUUCAUCCGUUUGGGGGCGCAGUAGAUAUAAUUGUGGUGGAACAACAAGACGGGAGCUUCAAAUCGUCCCCCUGGUAUGUUAGGUUUGGGAAAUUCCAAGGGGUUUUGAAAGCGAAAGAGAAAGUAGUGAGCAUAAGUGUCGAUGGAGUCCAAGCGGAUUUUCAUAUGUAUUUGGAUAGUAAAGGGGAAGCCUAUUUUCUCAAGGAGGUGGAUGUUGAAGAAGGAGGAGGUGAUUCAGGGUUUUCUCCUUCGUCUUCUGGUGAGGACACGGAUGGGCAAUCAGGUGGUGAUAAGAGGCCUAUGAAAUCGAAAACUUUUGAUGCAGAUGGGUCUAAUUUGGUUACUCAGAUUGAUAUAACCAAUGGGAAGACAUUGACGAGGACGAAUUCCCGGAGGUCUAGGAUUCUGGGUCUUGUUUUUGGAAGGAAAUCAACUAGAGAGGAAGGGGACGGAUCCGGUGUUGUGGGAGCGGAUUCGUUAAAGCGUGCUGAGAUUGCAGCUGACCUCUUAGAAUUGAAGUGGUCCACUAAUCUCGCAUCAAGUAGAUACAAGAAAAUGAUUACUUCGCAAUCUGUUCCAGAGAGAUUGGGGCGUGAAAAAGAUGAGGUGGUGGACUCACCUCUGAACGAUAACAAGGUAAGUAGUUUGAACUCACCUAUGUCAAAAGAAGAAACCGGGAUUCAUGACAAUGGGACGGCUAAUAGUUCUUGGGAUGGCUUACCAAAACCGGAUAGUUCUGAUGAUGGUGUCGAAAUGUUAUGUUUAAGCAGUAAGCAAAUUCUUGGAACAUCCAGUUCAGGUGAAAGUGGUUUGCAAGAAAAUUAUGAUUUGGAUUCACGAACAGUAAGGGAGGUUUACAAGUUACAUUCGGCGGAUUCAGAUCAUGAUGAAAAUUCUAAGGGUUUCAUCUCUGAGGCCACCAGUCGUAAUCCAGAUUCUGCUGAGCUCAAUGUGGGUCCUAACAUUAAGCUGGAUGAAGAACAGGUUUUCAAGGAGGAGAGUGAAGCAGCUACACUUGAAGCAUUUUCAUACAGUGAAAUGGUAGAAGCUGGUGAUUCUGGCGGAAAAACCCAUGAAACUUUGUGUAUUUCUUGUGAGGGUGUGGAAGCCUGUGUUCAUGCCAAAAUGCUUCAUGAGAUAGCUGAGAUGAUAUCUGAGGUUCAAUGUGGACAAGACACUAGUUUAUUGGUAGCAAAAGAACAUCUGGAUCAUCCUGAAAUUUUCCUAGAUGGGAACUGUCGGAACCUCUUUAAUGAUGCACAGAUUCGUGGCAGUGAGGGGACUUGUUCAAAGUCAUCUGGAAAUAGUAAUGCGGCCGAAACGUAUGCUCAUAUGGUAAUUGUUGAAGAAAUAAAUUCAGAGAAAGAAGGUGAGUCGUGCAGCGUUUACACGAUCUCUGGUUUUGACAACUCAAUUUCUCAAGUACAGGAUGGAGAAAAAUCAAGGGAAAAUCCUGUUGCCGAUUCUCUGGAAUUUACGGGUGAUAAUUUUUCGAUAGAGCCACUUGUUGUUUCUCUAUCUAAAGUCUCUGAUGAAGAACAACUCCUUUUUGGCGAUAUUGAUGAUUUCAAUCAAGGGGAGAGCAAGUGCACGGAGUCAAGUCCUUCAAAUCAAUUGGAGUAUGGAAAUCUUUCUCCAGAUGCAUCAGAAUACAGUGAAGCGGUUAUCGAGGCACUUAAGCCUGAUGACAAGUCACAUUUAUCUUCAGACAAGUGUAUUCAACAGAAUGCACUAAAUGAUGUUGAAGAUUUCAGAGAAAAGACUCUAGUAGUCUCAAGUUGCAUUAAUAUUCCACGUAGCAAACCUGCUGGUGAGGAAUUUAGGAGGAUGGCUGAAUCUUUACCCAAUAUGUGGUCUCAGAGCAAUGAUAUGGUUGUAGAUGGUUUUCAUCAUCCUUUAGUACAUUCUCUAGAUGCAAAUCCAGAAUCAUCAAAGUUGACACCACUUGGGGAAGACUUUUCAAGCCCUGUAAAAUCAGAUGCAGAUAAACAGGCGCAACCAACAGUGGAGGAUGCUCAAACUUCAGAGGAGCUCAAAAGUGGACCUGCCAACCCUGCAGUUGGCAAUCAGACUGAGGGCAUUGAUGCUACCAACGGAAGUUGGAGAGUUUGGCCUUUUAGGUUCAAAAAAUCAAGAAGCAUGGAAGCCAUCCAGCCAGCUCAAAAUUCAACCGGAAUUUCCAAUGCUGAAAAUGCUUUGGAGAGCUCUACUGGCAUGGUUGGGGAAAAAGAUUGUCUUAAACCCAAAGUGAAGAGUAAGAAAGUGAGGGUAUUGACUCCAACUCCUGAGCAGCUGGCAUCCUUGAAUCUGAAGGAAGGGAAGAAUAUUGUGAACUUUACAUUCUCAACUUCGAUGCUGGGUCCACAACAGGUUGAUGCUAGAAUAUACUUGUGGAAAUGGGACACUUGUGUAGUCAUCUCGGAUGUUGAUGGGACAAUUACCAAAUCGGACGUUCUAGGACAGUUCAUGCCUAUGGUUGGAAUGGAUUGGUCACAGACUGGUGUUGCACAUCUAUAUUCUGCUAUUAAGGAAAAUGGGUAUCAAUUACUUUUUCUAAGUGCUCGAGCUAUCUCACAGGCCUAUAACACUAGACGAUUUCUAUUUAACCUUAAGCAGGAUGGAAAGGCUUUACCUGAUGGACCUGUGGUUAUUUCCCCCGAUGGUCUCUUUCCCUCUUUGUAUCGAGAAGUUAUUAGAAGAGCUCCUCACGAGUUCAAAAUUGGUUGCUUGGAGGAUAUCAAGGCAUUGUUUCCUUCUGAUCGCAACCCAUUCUAUGCUGGUUUUGGAAAUAGAGACACUGAUGAAUUUAGCUACCUUAAGGUUGGAAUUCCCAAGGGAAAAAUCUUCAUCAUUAAUCCCAAGGGGGAGGUUGUGGUGAACCGCCGGGUUGACUCAAAGUCCUAUACUAAGCUCCAAACUCUUGUUCAAGAAAUGUUUCCACCCGUAUCCUCAUCUGAGCAGCAGGAGGAUUUUAAUUCAUGGAAUUUCUGGAAAUUACCUCCUCCUACUUUUGAUUUUUGAAGCUCUCUCAAGAAUUAGUGAUUAACCCUUCAGAAUUGGAGGCAGGAGGAUCUCGGCCAGCUCGCCAGAAAUUCGUCAGGUAUCUUCAUUAUCAUAGGAUUUAAUAAACCAGCCUUGUGCUCUCUAGUUUGACACGAUUAAAAUUUGAAUCCAUUUUGUUAAAUUGAAGCUAUUGCAUGGAAAUAAAAACUUUAGGGUUACAUAAUUCUAAACUAUACCAGUAUUCUAGCCAUGAAAUUAUUGGAAAACUCAAGAGUGUCUAUUUAGGAAACUGGUGACUCAGAUUUUGGACUUAAAAGGGUGCCUAUUUAGAAACUGAAAUACCUAAUAAAGCCAGUUAUUGCUACUUCCCUCUUCUCGCUUUCUUUCCUUUUUUUUUUGUUGAUAAGUACUGACGUUUAUAGAAGCUCAAAACACCUUACAAGAUCUUGGGGGCAUUUCCCCGUAAACCAAAGCACAGCUAUACAACUUUAGCAGCCCAAAACCUAUGCUUAACAGCCAAAAACCUAAGCCAACAGAAAAAAGAAUCAAAAAAGGAAAAGCUAUACAUCCAGUUCCUACAAUAUAAGAGCUAGGGAGAAGAAAAAAUCCUAGCUGAAAGACCCCAAGAUGACCUCAGAUCUCUGUUCACUUGGGACUGUAUAACAUCCCUCUUCAGACUCAGAGCUUCUCUAAUACAAGAAACUGUACGAAGGACAAGCUGGUCCCUAGAUAAGGCCUUCUGUUGAAAAAUCCUUUGGUUCCGUUCCAUCCAUAAAGUAUAAACAGUAGCAGCUAACACAGUUUUCAACACGCUACUUUUAAAACCAGUCCCCUUGACAUUCUGGACAAACCAGGCUACUAUAUUAGUCAAUGAAGGAGGGAUAUGAUCAAUUGAUGACCUCCUCCAAACUUCACUCCACACAGAAACGGACAAUGGGCACUGGAAGAAAAGGUGGUGAUGAGAUUCUUGGCCAAUAUUACAGAAAGUACAACCGCCAUCCACAACCAUGCCCCAAGAAAGAAGUCUAUCCCUAGUGUUCAACUUCUGUUGAACAGCCAACCACAAAAUAAAGGACCAACGAGGAAUAUUUUUACUAAACCAAAUCACUUUAGACCACUGUUGGACAGGUCUUCUACUUCUAAUUGCUUUCCCAGGCAGAUUUCACAGAAAACCCUUGUGGAUGGGGAAGCCACACUACAGAAUCUUCCUUACCACAGUCUGGCUUAAAAUCUGAGGGAGUAUGGGCCAUGAUGGAUUGAGUGACCCUAUUCCUUUGAUGAGGCCACUUCCAAUCCUCAUUUUGGAUAAUUGUUGAAACCUUUGAAGACAGUGAUCUUCCAAGAGUGUAGACAACACUCUCACCAAAUUUAUCAUAGAGGGGACCAAGGGGAUGCCAAUUAUCAGGCCACAAGAAAGUAUGUAAUCCAUUACCAAUAAUGUAUUUGAUCAAGGGCUGCCUCAAACUUCGCAACUGCAUAACCGGGACCUUUGGAGAAUGUGGUCCCAAAUCCAUUAUAGAGUCCGACACUGACGACCGAAUUCACAAUCAAGAGGCAAGGAGGUUUAAAGAUCAACCAUUACACAUGUAGUAUCUCGAUCAACAAGCUCACUCACAGAUACAAGAGCAUAACUUGCCCAAGCAAAUCAACAAAGGGCAGAGCAGAAUUUCCCCUCAAGUAUAUAAACGCUGGUGAUUUUCAGAUGAUGAGACGACAGAUCACUGCUUGUGACUUGUGUUUUGCUUUUCUAUGCUGAUAUUGGCAACGUGUUCGAAGAGGGAGGGAGAGGAAGCCAAAUUUCCCGUAUUCUGCUUCUUCGUGCUCGCUGACUAUUGGCAUCGAAAAAGUACUCCGUAGUUUAUUGCACAGAAUAACAUGAGGCCUGAAUCCUGCUCCAGAAUCUGCCCAACCCAUUAACUUGUAUAGUGUGCUCAUGAAAUCCCAUGAAUUCUGCUGCACUCUCAUUUAAGGAUUUUCAUGGAAGUUUUAGUAUAUAGCAUAGGCAUGCCUUAGUUUGUAUGAUUGAAUUUAUUAACCUGUUUCUCAUCAUUCGUCAAUAGAUAUACAACCAUAGUCUGUAAUGGAAA